AUGGCUCCGCUAAAUCCCGCUUCCCAGGAAGCCAUUGAGAGACUUCGAAACUAUACCCCACCACCAACCGCAUAUGGCAAUGUGCCACUCAAUCGACGAGCAGCCGUGCUGAUUCUUCUCUACGCCGACCCCCAGGGUGAUCUCCGGGUGGUUAUUACGAUCAGGGCCAAGACAUUAAGUUCCUAUGCAGGAGAAGCUGCUUUGCCUGGAGGCCGCGCCGACACCCUAACUGAAACCCCCUUUCAGACUGCUCGCCGCGAAGCUUGGGAGGAGAUCGGCCUGCCUGACAUCGCCCAGCCCCUGCCGCCACCCUUUGCCGUCGAGCACCUCUGCGAGUUGCCGGCUAACUUGGCCAAGACCGAACUGGUCGUGCGGCCCUGCGUGGCCUUGCUGCAUGCCUUCGAUCCGCGUUCCGGGACAUCAGUUGACCCGGAAGUCGAGUUGAUCCCGAAGCUGGACGCGCGUGAGGUUGCGGCCGUGUUCACAGCUCCAUUUCGGGACUUCUUGCGCGCGCAGGAUGAUAGCGAGGAACCUGGGAAAUGGUACCGCGGGUCAUGGAGCCUAUGGCAUGAUAGUAAUUGGCGGAUGCACCAAUUCUUCGUCCGCCCCAACGCGGAUCGGGUCACGAAACCCCGGCCACGUCGGGGCAGCCAGACGCGGGCGCAGAGCCGGGCGGCCGAUCUGCUGGCGGCGCAGGAACAUGCCGGCGCGAUCGAGCGGUAUCGGGUGUUUGGAAUGACGGCGCGUAUUAUCGUCGACGCGGCACGGGUCGCGUAUGCAGAAGAGCCGGAAUUCGAGCAUAACAGCCACUUCGGAGACGAGGCGAUGAUCGCCAAGUUGCGACGGCUGGGCCGGCUCAGCGCGGUGCGGCGCGCGUCGGAUGGGCUAGACCGUGAGACGAUGCAGAAGGCGGCGAAGUUGAGCUGA